CAGAAACCUUUCAUCUUCUUUUUUUUUGAGCAACUCCUUUAUCUUUUAUAAAAACAGAAAAGUUCGUCCUUAUUAAUCUUUAACCUUCUCCACUCGCAGAAAAUCUGGAUUCAUUUUACGGUUCUUCUUCUUCACAUCUUCACCACAAGAAAGAGAAAAUUAAUUCAGAUAAAUCAAAAUAAAAUAUUAGGGUUGUCGUGGGCUUAUAUCUAAAUGGGUAGAUGCGGAAGGAGCAGCGACGGAGGGGUUAGUGGAGUUAGACCGUACGUACGGUCUCCUGUACCUCGCCUGAGAUGGACGCCGGAGCUUCACCAGAACUUCGUCCACGCCGUUGAUAUGCUCGGUGGUCAAUACAAAGCGACUCCAAAACUUGUUCUUAAGAUAAUGGAUGUAAAGGGACUAACAAUAUCACACGUCAAGAGCCAUCUCCAGAUGUAUAGAGGAUACAAACCCACUCUUCUUGGGAGAUCAGAGAGUUCAUCAUCUUCAAGAAGAAGAAGACAAGACAAUGAAGAUCAUCUUCAUGACAACUUGUCUGAACACGCAAGGAAUGAUUGUCUUUUGGGUUUUCACUCUAUCAACUUUGGAAGAGGGCAGACCUCAGGGGCUGAUAAUGAUGACGAUGACUUUCUUAACAUCAUGAGCAUGGAGAGAACGAAGACAUUUGCAGGCAUUGGCGAGUCGUCCAUCAAGUUUCAGUCUAAUCACUUUCUCGAGGCUAAGAGCACGAAGAACAGUUGGAAAAAGGAAAACGAAGAAGAAUUAUCGCUGUCUCUGUCGUUGAAUCAUCCUCAUAAUUCUCAGCAACGUUGGAGAAGCAAUGCGUCAUCGUCACUUAGUGAAACCAGCGAAGCAGUUUCAUCUCCAUUCAUUUUCAAGGAUUGUUUUGCUUCUUCGAAGAUUGAUCUUGAUCUUAAACUCUCUUUUUCCUUCUCGACUUCGUAGCUGAAUCUUUGUUCUUUUGUUUCCAUUGUUAGUGUAGUGAGCACAUUCAGAUAUGUUUAAAUGCAAUCUUUUAGCUAGACUUCUAGAUUUAUUUUCGUGAUCGUGAUGUAUUUUUGGCCCUACAAUGUCAUGGUCGAUUCGGAUUAAUUUGACAUGUAUUGAC